UACGCCAUUAAUCACUUCAUUCGGUUCUUCUUUUUGUUUCGUUGAAAAACCAAAUCUCUGUUUCGAUCUUCAAAGCCCCCCCAAUCCAUAGUGAAAAUCAAAUAAACAAUUUGAUCCAGUUAGUCUUUCUUGGGUUGAAUUUUAUUGCUAUUAUAGAAAUUUCAAAAAAAAAAAAAAACCCUCAAUGGCUCAAGCUAUUGAAGAAUGGUAUAAGCAGAUGCCCGUCAUCACCCGUUCUUAUCUCACAGCUGCUGUAGCUAUCACUAUUGGCUGUUCUCUCGAAAUAAUAUCACCUUAUCAUCUGUACUUGAACCCUAAACUUGUGGUUAAGCAUUAUCAAUUCUGGCGCCUAAUUACUAACUUCCUGUACUUCCGCAAGAUGGAUUUGGAUUUCAUGUUUCACAUGUUCUUUCUCGCCCGAUACUGCAAGCUUCUUGAAGAGAACACAUUCAGGGAAGGACUGCAGAUUUUUUACAUGCUUUUGUUUGGAGCUUCUGUCUUAACUGGCAUUGUGCUUAUAGGAGGAAUGAUACCUUAUCUGUCAGCAUCAUUUGCCCGAAUCAUAUUUCUAAGCAAUUCAUUGACAUUCAUGAUGGUUUAUGUAUGGAGCAAACAGAAUCCUUUUAUACAUAUGAGUUUUCUGGGUCUUUUUACCUUCACAGCAGCUUACUUGCCCUGGGGAAUGAUAGCUGGUCAUGCAUACUAUUUUCUUGAAGAUGUAUAUCCCCAAAUGACUGGUCGCAGACCCUAAAGACUCCAUCUCUCAUCAAAGCGCUGUUUGCAGAUGAGGAUGUAGUGGUAGCACGGCGGAAAAUGUGAGAUUUGCUCCACCACCUGCAGAGGAACUUCACAGGGAUUAAUCUGCCGUAUGGAAACUAGACCAACGAAGUGUACCUUGGUGGGGUUGAUCUCUGCUUGGACACGACAAUUGCCUAAAAAGUGUAGUUUGCCCUUCGUAAAAGCGUUCAAGCUUACAUUGCUAAUCAUGAAAACAAUAUAUCUUGAUUCGCAUUAGAGGUUAGCUAUUGUAUAUAUGACCUACUACAGUUAUGCUGAUUUGGAGAUUUGAGUUUUGUAAUUUUAUACCUACACUGAGUGCUUUUGGUUGGUAUAUGAUGCCCUUUGUGCAUCUGCUAUGACCCAAGCAGCAUUUACUCACAAAUUUAAUGUUUUACCCCCUUUCGUGGCGGAA